AUAUCCAAAAAGAAACUCUCCUCUAUCUUCUUCAUCCUUUGCAAAACAUGGCUUCAUCUCUCCGUUCCUUUACAGACGUCCUUCUCUUUGUGAUAAUGAUCAUGGCCACUGAGAUGGGAACAAACACUACAAUAAUGGUGACGGAGGCGAAGAAAUGCCCGAUCCCGAGCUCCAAGUUCAAGGAGCCAUGUGAUGAGGUCGGAAAAUGCGUAGCGGCUUGCAAGGGGGAGGGGUUCCCCGAGGGCGACUGCAAAGGGAUCACGCGCCGCUGCUACUGCAUUAGGCCUUGCUAAUUCAUCUACCUAUAGAGCCAGAUGUGGAUCAGUCUUCUCUGCUUUUGGCAAAGUCAGAAUUCAUAUCCAGUCGGGUCAAUAUACUAAAAUUCAAUAUAUAAAAAUAUGAAUGUCCUAAUAAGUUAUAUUUAUAAAUAAAUGUCUUCAUUUUACAAUUGUCCACGCCUCACAUUUUCAUAUUUUGAAAAUGUUGCUUUAUCAA